AUGACUGCCGCCCCUACCCGCGAUGGGAUGGAUGAGGCCAUCAAGAGGCGGGGGAGCGGAGAGAAGCCGAGGGAGCGGACGAGGCGAGGGCGGCGGGAAGCCGAAGGAGUGGACGAGGCGAAGGCGGUGGGACCGAGCUGCGGGAAAGGACUAGGUGAGAGCGGAGGGAAGGAGCUGAGGAGAGCAGACGAGCACGGCGCUCAGCACGGCGCUCAGCACGGCGCCCGUCCCGGCGCCAUUGGCCCCGAGGCCCUCAGUGACGGGGGGGCGCGGGGGGGGGGGCGCGCGCAGGGCGGGGCCCGGUGGCGCCACAGAGGGCCGGCGCGGGGCCGGAAGUGGCGGGCGGGAGCGCCCAGACCCACAAGCCUCUGCGCCGGAGGCAGCAGGCGCGCGCCGGCCUCGACGCCGCCCACCGCCCUCACCACGACGACGGCGACGACGACGACGACGAGGAUGAGGGCGGCGGCCUGUCAGGGCGUGGCCAUGGGCGCCACCGCCCCCAACUGCGAUGGGCCGGGCGGGCCCGGCCCGGGGAGGCGCGGCCGACCGGGCAAGUGGGAGAGGACCCCCAGGAGCCAGUCGUGCUUCACUCGGAGGCAGGCGGGUCUGGUCCCGCGCUGCUACGUGCGGCCCUGGAAGGAGGAGGUGUUUUCCGGCCGGCAGGCAAGCAAGCUGUCGUAUGGGAAAAUCUCAUCUGGGACCCGGUCCGGUAGCACCGCGGCCCAUCCCUCGACGGUGAAAGAAGAGGCCUCCUCCGAAGGCAGCUCUUCCGAAUCGGAUGAGUUCAGCUCGGUACCGAAACGAAAGCGGAAGAGUCGUUUCGACGCCGCAGCCGGCCACGGCCACUGGGCCGUCCCGUCCUCUCGGAGCCUACCCUUCCGGGGAGGGAAGAGAGUCAAUAACAUCUGGGCCAGAGUGAUUGAGGAGCAGAACCACGACGCUUUAGCCGCUAAGCUCUUCCUGAUGGACAUCCAGGAUAAUAUCGAUCACAGCAGAGAAUCGGAAACCUACAACUAUCUGCAAGCCAGAAGGCUCAGGCGGCUCCGGGAGAAGCAGAAGUUAGACGAAGAGCUGGACGAAUACAUGCGGGGCGUCAACCGGAUGGAAGUAGAAGAGGAGGGCGAUGGACAGAGCCAUCAGCUACCCAGGCUGCCCGUCCGAGAGAGGCUGGGGCCCGGGGAAGAACACGGUAGACGCCGUGCAGUGGCCGGAGAGAAAUCGGAGGAGGAGGCUGCGGAAGACAUAUUCUCCAGGCUGGGAGCAGAUGAAGACGACUUGGAGGAGUUUAUCUGAAAAGCACUCCUAGCACGUGUGACGAAUGAAUGGAGUUCCCACGUGCAUACCCCACCUUCCCACUGCCCACACCCCUGGAUCGGUGCCAUCGAGGAGGCUCCCGCGGUCAAGGCAUGAGAUGGAUGUGUUGCCGAGAUGAGAGGGGGUUGCGAAAUAAAUAGAGGACUUCCUCCACGUAUGUGGUGUCCUUCU